AUGAGCUGUGAGCUCGCGCCGACCGCAGCCACUCACCAUGACGCGGUGCGCAGCGUGCUGCACGCGCCCCGCAGGACCCGUGGACAUGUUUUAGACUCGGACCCGCCUCGGACCGUGGACCAGUACCAGGACCGUGGACCCGCUCCGGACCAGGACCGGACUGAGAGGCGGGACAUGGAGGAGCGGCGCGGCAGCGCCUCGGACAGCGGCGAGGACAGCGCGUCGCCGCCGCACCGCGUCACCAACUUCUUCAUUGAUGAUAUUCUGAGGCCGGACUUCGGCCGGAAGGACGCCGCGCGGCCGCACGGCUCGGGCCGCGUGACCCUGCGCCUGCACGCGCCCGGGACUCCGUGCCGGGACUCGAGCUCGAGCUGCAGCAGUGACUCUUCCCCCGCGUGCCCCCGGAAGAACGGGGAGCGCGUGGAGCCGGGGCCCGCGGUCGCGAGCGCACCGGGAGGAAAAGGCGAGGAGCGCACGAGCGCCGCGCAACAGGACUGUCCGGGCUCCGCGCGCACCCCGGGGCCCAGCCCCGAGAGCCAGCCAAUGCUGUGGCCCGCGUGGGUCUACUGCACGCGCUACUCGGACCGGCCCUCAUCUGGCCCACGGACGCGCAAACUCAAGAAAACCAAGAGUGGCAAAGAGGACAAGCGGCCGCGCACCGCCUUCACCGCCGAGCAGCUCCAGAGACUCAAGAGCGAGUUCCAGCUCAACCGCUACAUCACGGAGCAGCGCCGUCAGAGCCUGGCCCACGAGCUCAACCUCAACGAGUCCCAAAUCAAGAUCUGGUUCCAGAACAAACGCGCCAAGAUCAAGAAGGCGUCCGGCUUCAAGAACGGCCUGGCGCUGCAGCUGAUGGCGCAGGGGCUUUACAACCACUCCACCACCACCAUACAGGACGAUAAGGAGGACAGUGACUGA